CUUCAAUAUUGAAUUGUGAAUUGGGCGGAGUGAAUGUCCGCAGCGGGACGAAGCUGGAAUGCUCUGAUCCGGACGCACCACAUAACAUCUCGCAAGAAGGUCUCAAAGCUCAGACAAGCAGCUGCCAAUGACAAUGUCUACGCUCUCUUGCGGAGCGGUGGCGCGCCUGGAAUCAUGUAUGUCGAAGGCUUGAAGGACGGAGUGGAAAGCUGGGUGGCGUCAGCACAGAGGCUUCGAUAUAAGGACUUUCAGCUUGUGGCUCGUCCAGCUGAAGUCGUUCGAGAAUCCGACGCUAAGAAGACACCUCUACCUAACGGAGUUCUGGAGGAGAUCGAUUCGGUCAAAGACAUGGCUAUCCGUAUGGAAACCACCGGCGUCCUUCACUGGUGGCGGAAGAGCAUGGGGUACUCUGGCAACGAAGAUCGAAUGUAGAAGACUGGGCGAUGGAGAUUUCGAUGAUUAAUGCCCCAGGCUGGAUCUUGCCCCAGUCUUCAUCUGAAGCAUGUUGAGUGGAGCUAUCAUUAUUCCAAGCUUCAACUCAUUGUUGAACAUGCAAAAGUCAGAACCUGCAAUACGGAAUCGUGCUCGAGCCUAUCUCCAUGAAUGACCAAGGAGGAUAUUCGGCAUGCGCUCGACGACCAACGUCUUGGGAUGGAAGCAUGAUACAGCUGGUUGGUCACACGCAAAAAAUCAUGAUACUUUCGAAGACCGUUAAAAGACCAAAAAGGUAGUAGCUUCGCUCGGUUUCGAUCCGAGGUCCUCCGGGUUAUGAGCCCGGCCUAAGAGGAUGUUAGAAUUUGGAAGGUAUAUAUGAUGCUUUCUAGGAAGAGCAACUCACGCGCUUCCGCUGCGCCACGAAGCUCGUGUGCUUAUUGGAUGAGAAGUGAACAACAGUGAAGCGUUUAAAAG